GGCCCCGAGCUGUCGGAGAACUUGUUGCACGCGAAAAUCCAGCACAUGCGUUGGCUUAUCAUCGACGAGGUGGAGAACGUGUCCGUGGAGCUGCUGGGCGCCGUGCACAGGCAGGUGAAGGACUCGACGAGGGAUAAGGGGAACCCGUGGGCCGUGGACGCACGCGCCCCGAAACAGUUCGCCAUGUUCGGCGGUCUGAACCUGGUACUUCUCGGAGAUCUGUGGCAGAUCCCGCCCGUGCGGACUCUCAGUAUUGCUGCUAAUCCUUUCAUGAAGCGGCCCGCCAACGUCGGCCGCAUACUCGAGAUGUUCUGGACAGGGGGCUUGCCGCACUCGGCGACUCACCGCUACGCCCUGACCCAGUCGCACCGCUGCUCAGACCCGUGGUGGAGGAGCUUCCUCGCAGAAGCGCGCGCGGGGGACUUGUCGGACAGGAUGUACGACUUCGUCCACGGUUUCCCCACUGAUGCGCCCGGCUCCUGGAUGCCCGCAAGCUCCGGCAGCGCCGAGGCCUCGACGGGGCACCUCGGCUGUGGGAAGGCGAAGUGCCGCGCGCUCUGGUCAGCUGAGUGGCCGCGGAUGUUCGGAGAGGGUCGGCCCUGGCAGGACAUGCGAUCUCUUGAGCGCGCUGACUGCAGCGCGGAACGCCGUCGGCGCUGCCGCGUCGCCUCUCAGAGCGACGCUAGACAGCGGGAAGUGAGCGCGGCGUUCGCCGACGCGCUGUUCGUGCACCCGCACAACGCCCCGAAGAGCAGGAUUUUGACUCUCCGAGCGGCGAAUGCGGCAGCGAAUGCAGGGAAGCAGCUCCUGUGGGUGGUGGCGCGCGACGUCCCUCUCACUCGGGGCGACGCAUGCAGGUCGAAAGUUUCGCUCGCCCACGCCCCGCAUAAUUGGCUGAUGUACCCGGAGAACAAGACAGGCGGAGUCCCGGGCGUGCUGCCGAUUUUUGAAGGGAUGCUCAUGCGGUUCACGACCACGGAGAAUGCUGUGGCGGGAGCCUGCAAACACUCCUGGGGGACCGUGACUGGCUGGGUCCUCCAUCCGGACGGCUCGAAGUUGGUGAACGAGCACAGGUCCGAGCCGGAACUGGUUCUGCAGCACGUGCCUGACGCGAUCAUGGUGAAAAUCCCCGGCAGCACGGCGCCCCGCAUUGGGAAUCUGCCCGCGGGCGUUUUCCCGGUGAAGCUGAAGGAGGUGUCGUGGGAUCGCAGUCCCGGCUUCAAGGCCAUGGUGAAGCGCACGGGGUCCCCUCUGGUCCCGCGCUUUGCCGCCGCGGCCCACUGCGUCACCGGCGCGACUCUGCUACAGGCCAUCAUCGACCUCCUGGGCGCGCGGACGACGCCACGAUCGUCCAUGGCCCCCACGGGCUACGUGGCCAUCAGGUCGCCGAAGAAGUUGGUGGACGCCACGUUCAAUUGCGCCGAGUGCCACCAGCGGAAGAGAGCGGGCAAUUUCCCAGACAGUGGCAUGAGAACGAGCGACCCCGUGGAGCACGCCAUGGCGGUGCUGAGCCAGGGGGUGAAUGACUUGAAAGGCAGAGGGGCGCUGGACCUCGCCGUUUGCGUGGCAUGCACCCCGGAGAAGCAGCAUUUUAACGUUUUGUCGGCGGACCGCCUCUUCCAGUGUCGCAUGUGCAAGCAGGAGAAGUCUGCGGAGCAGUUCGAUUCGGCGUUUUUUAAGAUACACAAGGCCGUCAAAGACGCCGCGUGCACGGAGUGUCUCGACCAGAAAUUGAUGCCCCCUUGCAAGGGCGG